GAUUAUUGCAAUCAUUAUAGAUUGACUAUUGAAGACACUAACCAUGCCGGCCAUGGAAAAGUCUUGUGGCGCCGACCUCGAAAGAGCCGCCCGACCGACCGAGGAGACAUCAGCAUCAUCAGCACAGACACUCAACACAGACACAGACACAGAAAAUGAUUACGCAAAGCCCCAAUUAUGGAGCCUCCAAUCGGUGUUCACCCUCCAUCCGACCCCCAAGAAAGGCUACGACCUCCCCUUCUGGCAUAAAGCGGUGAUCUUGUUUAUCGUGAGCUGGAUGACCCUCGCCGUGACUUUCUCGUCCACAAGUCUUUUGCCUGCAACGCCGGAGAUCGCGGCCGAGUUUGCCACCACGACGGAGAUUAUCAAUGUAACGAAUGCGGGCGUGCUACUGGCGAUGGGAUUUUCGUCGUUGAUUUGGGGGCCUUUGAAUCAACUGAUUGGGAGGCGUGUCGCGUAUCAGUUGGCGAUCUCGGUGCUGUGUGGGUGUUCGGUGGGUGCGGCCUGCGCGGGAGACAUGCGGGUCUUCACUGCCAUGAGGGUCUUGGGGGGAUUGACUGGAACGGGGUUUAUGGUGACGGGGCAGACGGUUCUGGCGGAUUGUUUCCCUCCUACAGUGAGAGGUACUGCAGUUGGCUUCUUUAUGGCAGGAACCGUGAGCGGACCAGCUAUCGGCCCCUGCAUCGGAGGCAUCAUCGUCACCUUCGCUAGCUGGCGCAACAUCUACUGGGUGCAAGUCGCCAUGACCGGCUUCGGCCUCGUGUUAGCCGUCCUCUUCGUCCCCGAGCUGACUUCGGUCGAUGCCAAAGCCCACCCUGUAGAGGCAACCGUCGAACCCUCCAACCAACUCCGAACCAUCCUAUAUGCUUUCAAUCCCAUGCGUGUCUUCAAGCUGUGGAUCUACCCUAACAUCUUCCUUGCUGAUCUAACCUGUGGCCUCCUCUCCACCUUCCAAUACGCCAUCCUCACCUCCGCCCGCUCCAUCUUCAACCCCCGCUUCCAUUUAUCGUCUGCCCUUGUCAGCGGCCUCUUCUACCUCGCCCCCGGUGCCGGGUUUCUGGUUGGCAGCAUCGUAGGUGGCCGACUCAGCGACCGCACCGUGAAACGCUACAUGGCCAAACGCAACGGCACGCGCCUCCCGCAGGACCGGCUGAAUAGCGGUCUCAUCACCCUGCUGGGGAUCCUGCCCGCUGGCGCCCUGGUCUACGGAUGGACCCUCCAAGAAGGCAAAGGUGGCAUGGCCGUGCCAAUCAUUGCCGCCUUCUUCGGGGGCUGCGGGCUCAUGGGCAGCUUCAACGGGCUGAACACCUAUGCGGCCGAGGCGCUGCCCCAUCGGCGGUCCGAGGUGAUCAGCGGGAAGUAUAUCAUCCAGUAUCUGUUUUCGGCGGGGAGCAGCGCGGCGGUGGAUCCGUUGAUUGGGGCGAUUGGCGUCGGAUGGACGUUUACGAUCUGUGUCUUCUUCUCGAUUGCGGGUGGGGGGUUGGUUAUGCUGAUCACGCGAUGGGGGGUGGAUAUGCAGCGGUGGGUGCAGAGGAAGACUGGGGUUGAUCCAUGAAUGAGUGGGAUGGUCUUGAUCUGAUGGAUCUGAUGAGAUGAUAAUGACUGAUGAGAUUAUUGCUUGAUUAUGAGCUGUCGGGGUGGUAACAUGAUAGAGUCGGAGGUUAGAG